ACUCACUACAUAGCAGAGACGCGUUUAAAGUUGUCUUCAAAAAUGUGCAAUCGAAGUCUCAUUUUUUACUCAUAAAAAUCAAUAUAUUUUUACGACCCUCGGAGUUGUGAUGUGUUGUAAAUUGAUUUAAUGGACAAAUGCCCACUUUGAAGCUCGAGAGUGCGUUAUAAACUGACUUCGAAUGAAAUCGGGCCCAUUUACACAAGCUGACUGUACAAACGCCAUGCAUUUGAGACAACUACUUACCAAAAUGGUUACUAUAUUGACCAUACUGACCCUUUCUGGAGAUACAAUUCACGGCUUUGCGGAGAAGAAAGUCAGCCAAUAUCCUUGGAUUCCGAAGACGUCAACGCAUAUCACACCUUAUAAGAUAUCUGGGGAUAUAUGAACAAUUAAUGUGUUAUUAUGAACAAAUAAAUUUGGAAGACUUUUUCUGCUCUUUAAAA